CUCCUCGUUUUCCCUCGUAAGGCUAAGAAAAUCUCUGAUGGACUUUGCCUACAAACAGCGGCUGUCUUCACCAUUAGCCAGGCAGCGGGAGGCACAACACCGCCCGGAGCUGAGGAGAUAGUUACUCCAACUAAUUCCCAAAGCUGUUUCCAGAGACCCAAGAUCCUGCUCCACCCAAAUACUGAGCACCAAGCAGGAAAAGCCUCGGGGACUGCGAAGCGACUCUGAUUUCUAUUCAUGAUAUUCACGCUCUACUCCCGUUUUAUGUUUCUUAUAUGCGAAUCAGGAGCAGUGUUGUAUCUCAUAUAUACGGGAUCCAUGUGGUGCUACGUGAUCCUGUUUGCCAUUGUUUGGGCCAUUGUAUGGUAUCUGAGAGACAGACAGACUAUCUCACGACUGUCCGACAAACAUGUCUUUAUCACGGGAUGUGAUACCGGCUUUGGCAAUUUACUAGCCAAAAGACUGAACAGAAAAGGUUUUCAAGUCCUGGCGGGAUGUCUCUCAGAAAAAGGAGCAAAUGAUCUGCUAAAAGCAUGUCCUACGGGACUGAAAACCACUUUACUGGAUGUCACCAGCCCAGACAGCAUCAAGAAGUCUGUGGAAUGGGUGAAGGCAGAGGUUGGGGGCAGAGGUCUCUAUGGUCUAGUUAACAAUGCUGGUGUUGCCAACCCAAUUGGUCCAACUGAGUGGAUGACGCUCGGAGACUACAGGAAGGUUAUGGAAGUCAAUACAUUUGGCACUAUUGGAGUGACACUAGGAUUUCUGCCACUAGUAAAACAGGCACAAGGACGGAUUGUUAACAUGGCCAGCGUACUGGGGAGACUAUCAGCAAAUGGAGGCGGUUACUGCGUGUCUAAGUAUGCUGUGGAGGCUUUCUCUGAUAGCCUUAGGAGAGAUACGCAGCACUUUGGUGUGAAGGUUUGUAUUAUAGAGCCUGGCUUCUUUAAGACUGCGGUAACCGAUCUGGAUUUAAUUGAAAAUUCCUUGAAGCAGCUUUGGGACCAGAUGCCACCUGAGACCAGGAAGAGUUAUGGGGAUGCAUAUUACCAAAAAUAUAUGAAAGUGCAAAGGUUGAUCAUGAACUUCAUCUGUGAUGUCGAUAUCUCCAAAGUGCCAAAAUGCAUUGAGCAUGCCUUAGAAGCCUCGUACCCUCGUACAAGAUACAGUCCAGGAUGGGAUGCCAAGCUGGUGUGGCUACCUGCAUCUUACAUGCCAGCCUUCAUUGUGGAUGCCGUCCUUGCCAUCGUUCUACCUAAACCCGAACAGAGAGUCCGCUAAGACACAUUCUUGAAAAUCCUCUAAAUCUGGGUCUUAGGAAAGUGAGGAUUUCAUUUCCAGACUGGCACAAAGCUUGUUUUGUACUGGAAAUGCAUGACCACUAAGAGGCUCUACGUUUAAUCAGAGAAAUAUGUAUGGUUUUUAUUUGACAGAGCAGCGUAUUUUCUGUGUGUUUAUACCCACCUCACUGCCAGUUUUCAUGCAUUUUAAAAUGUCAGACCGUGAAAUAGCGUUCAUUUGAUGGUUUGUAGUAGCCUGCCAAUUUCCUGGCUGAACCAGUGCAAGCUUCUGAUGUGACAGGUUCAGUUCUGGAUGACAAGCCAGAAAUAAGCUGCUGAUAUUGACUCACGUGACACAAUGGGUACUUAGUUUUAUUAAUACGGUCCUAAUUUUAGACAGUGUCAAACUAGACCAGACAGUCAGGAACUGUACACUAUGUAUUGCAGUGGUACAUGCUGUACAAGAAAUUUAGUGCAACUUGCUAAACUUUCUUUACACCAUCUCAAGAUAGUUUCCAUGGAGGGGGGAAUUUAUCAAGGACCUUUUGGCCUUAUUUUUAUUUGCCUAAAAGUAGAUU